AAUUCUGAUGUGCUUCAGUGCACCGAACGCUAACAGAUGAGCUGCUUUUGGGGAGAGCUGGAGCGCUCAGUCGGUCAGUAGUACAGUAGCAGGCUCACAUGUGCGGAUUGUUCCUGUGAGGAAUAUCAUCAUGGGCUCUACUGCUACAGAAAUUGAAGAAUUGGAAAACACCCCUUUUAAGUAUCUCAUAGGAGAACACACUGAAAAAAUGUGGCAACGCCUGAAAGGAAUACUAAGAUGCUUAGUGAAGCAGCUGGAAAAAGGUGAUGUUAACAUCGUAGACUUAAAGAAGAAUAUUGAAUAUGCAGCAUCUGUGUUGGAAGCUGUUUAUAUUGAUGAGACGAGAAGACUGCUGGAUACUGAUGAUGAGCUCUGUGACAUUCAGACGGAUUCAGUCCCAUCUGAAGUACGGGACUGGCUGGCUUCUACAUUUACCCGGAAAAUGGGGUUAAUGAAAAAGAAAUCUGAGGAAAAGCCAAAAUUUCGAAGCAUCGUGCAUGCCGUGCAAGCUGGAAUUUUUGUGGAAAGGAUGUACAGAAAGUCCUAUCACAUGGUUGGUUUGGUAUAUCCAGAAGCUGUCAUAAUAACAUUAAAGGAUGUUGAUAAAUGGUCUUUUGAUGUAUUUGCCUUAAAUGAAGCAAGUGGAGAGCACAGCCUGAAGUUUAUGAUUUAUGAACUGUUUACCAGAUAUGAUCUUAUCAAUCGUUUCAAGAUUCCUGUUUCUUGCCUAAUUUGCUUUGCAGAAGCUUUAGAAGUUGGUUACAGCAAGCACAAAAAUCCUUAUCACAAUUUGAUUCAUGCCGCUGAUGUCACUCAAACUGUGCAUUACAUAAUGCUUCAUACAGGUAUCAUGCACUGGCUCAAUGAACUGGAAAUUUUAGCAAUGGUCUUUGCUGCUGCCAUUCAUGAUUAUGAGCAUACAGGAACCACAAACAACUUUCACAUUCAGACUAGGUCAGAUGUUGCCCUUUUGUAUAAUGAUCGCUCAGUCCUUGAGAAUCACCACGUGAGUGCAGCUUAUCGGCUUAUGCAAGAAGAAGAAAUGAAUGUUUUGAUAAAUUUAUCCAAAGAUGACUGGAGGGAUCUUCGGAACCUAGUGAUUGAAAUGGUUUUGUCUACAGACAUGUCAGGUCACUUCCAGCAAAUUAAAAAUAUAAGAAACAGUUUGCAGCAGCCUGAAGGGAUUGACAAAGCCAAAACGAUGUCCCUGAUUCUCCAUGCAGCAGACAUAAGCCACCCAGCCAAAUCCUGGCAGUUGCACCACCGAUGGACCAUGGCCCUGAUGGAGGAGUUUUUCCUACAGGGAGAUAAAGAAGCUGAAUUAGGACUUCCAUUUUCCCCACUCUGUGAUCGGAAGUCAACGAUGGUGGCCCAGUCACAAAUAGGUUUCAUUGAUUUCAUAGUAGAGCCAACAUUUUCUCUUCUGACAGACUCAACAGAGAAAAUUAUUACUCCUCUUAUAGAGGAAGCCUCAAAAGCAGAAACUGCUUCCUAUGGGUCAAGCAGACGAUCAAAUAUGAAGGGCACCAUGAAUGAUGGAACCUAUUCCCCAGACUACUCCCUUGCAAGCGUGGACCUGAAGAGCUUCAAAAACAACUUGGUGGACAUCAUCCAGCAGAACAAAGAGAGGUGGAAAGAGUUAGCUGCACAAGGUGAACCUGAUCCGCAUAAGAGCUCAGAAGAUCUAGUAAAUGCUGAAGAAAAACAUGCUGGUACACGCUCAUAGGUUUGAAAUACAUUAAAAGCUUCUGUCAUUUUAAACAUGAGAGGAUAAUGAGAACAGGAUAAAAACAUCCUAAAUCCUCAGCUUUCCACAAAGCUAUGUUCUCCUUUUUCAGCACACACCUGGAUCAGGCCAUUUUAAUGGACUCCUAUAUAAGAAACUAACAAGAAGAACAUAAAUUCUGAGCUAGUAACUCUGGCCAAACAUAUUCAAAGUUGCCAUUUUUCUUGGCCAGUGCUUCUGCCAUUGUCUUUCCUCCAAAAGACAAGCUUGGAGGAAAUGUUUUGAUUGUUUUCGUCCAGCUUUUUCAAUCAAGCCAGAGAAAUUUUUAAGACAAAAGUUAGAUAGUUUAAAUUGUCAUCACUUUGAAUGAGUAAUAGUAUGGUGACUAUGUGAUAACACAUGCAAAAGAUGAGGCCUUUUUAAAAUUUACUUCCUUGUGUUGUUUUAUGCAGAGUUCUGUAACUACAAAUAUUUCAAGGUUUUAAGUAAAAGGAAAGCAAAACAAAAUUAUGGGAAAAAAUUUUUUGCAGCCCUGAAGAACAGGCUAUUUAGAUUCCUUUAAAUACACGGGAGCAGCAUGAAAGGAAGGACUGUUCAGAAGCUGUGGCUGAAGUCCUGUGACGACACCGGAGCUUUACCCUGGUCCCACCACCUGAGGACCACUUCGUUGUAACUGUCAGGCUGGGAAACUGCAUUGAAUCCUGUCCCUGGAAGCAGCGGACCAACUUUCUUCCAUCCCUUUGGUUUCAAAGUAUGAAUACAUCACCCGCAUGGGUGUCCUCACAAUGCAAGUCACACGUUACCUACAGUCCCAGAUAACAAGAACCUUCAGCCAUUGUUGGAGACAGACGUUAGUGCUCAGAAUGGAAUUUGUCUUCUGGUGUGUUGAUCCCAUUAGAACACAACAAAAUAUAUUAUAGGCCAAGGGAUAAGUGACAAGUGUGUGUGUGUCUGUACUUAAAAAUAUCUAUGAAAAUGGAAGGUCACACUCUUCUGUACAGAUAAUAUUAUUUGGUGUGACUUUAUAAUCUUCCUACACAGAAAUGAACUGCACUCUUGGAGAGACUGCCUCCUUGUCAUGUUUUGCCUGAGCAUGUGCAGAGCCCUUCCUUUGCUCCAAACUGAAGAACUACUUUUAUUUGUAUUAGCUGACAAGAAAGGUCAAGCACAAUUAGGUGUUGUAACUUUUCACUGUGCAAACACUUCAGUGAUUUUGAGAUGAAUCUUCCUUUGUGAAAGGUAGAGACUAGAUGGAAAAAAUCAAGAGUAGCCAUCAAUUAAAGAAUAAAGCGAAGGAGGGUCCAUCCAUCUUAUGAGUUUUCUUUUGCACCUGCUUUUUUCCUGGGUUCCACAAUGCUAAGCAAUAUUUUAGAAAUUGAUAGAACCAGAAGCUUUUAAGGCUGAGUCGUGGGAUUUUAUAACCCACAACUUAGAUCUCCUUUAAUGUGUAAGCCAUAUUCUAUAUGCAUAUUAGGUAUGCAUUAUUCUAAUUUAAGAUAUAUUUGUGCAUAGACUAUGUAUAAAGUGCUUUUAAAUGUUCUGUGAAUAAGGCCCUUAAUUUUUGUUUCACCUGAAUCCUGUGUAGAACUGAGCUAAAUAACUGAAUUGUAUCAUAGACAUUAUAAUGCAAUUGGUAUUUUAAAUGUAAGCAGUAUGAAUUUAUCUAUGAUGAUGUGUUGGGGAAGAAUUUAUAGAUAUGUACAUCAUGGUGACUUUUUGUCUUUUAAAAAUGGACUUUUUAUUUCUAUUUAUGAAGACAUUAUAACUACUGCUUUCAAUGUCUUUUUAAAAGUAGCUAUUUACCAGCUAGAAAAUACUCUGCAUUUAAAAUAGAAUCUGACUAUCUGGGAAGUGUGAUUACUUUUGUUCUUAUUUGAGCCAGUUGUCUUCCAGAAAACUACAGAAUCUCUCCAGGAAGAAGUAAAUUGAAACACUGCUUCUCAAUUGUCAUAGGAAACUUGUCUGCUUUGUUCUCAUUGAUACUUUAAGAUCUAUAGACUUUGUUACUAAAAAAAAAAGAGAUAGAGAAAUAUAAUGAAUUCAUCAGUUUCUGUAUAUGGGCUUUCACCUAAUUUUCCAGAUUAUUUAACUUAUAAAGCACUGUGACAAUUUACAGAGGAAGUGAAGAAAACAGGCUCUACUUCUUCAGGAGAAUUGUCAGGCUUUGAUACGCUUUUUCCUUUUCUAAUCUACCUUCCUUUCUCCAUUCCCUACUUCCCCUCCCCUUUUCACUUCCCUUGUUCUUUCUUUCCUUCCUUCCCUCUCAGAUGGCUACUGACUGGUGCUGACUGGCGGGAGUGGGCGUGGUUACCUUACCCAGCCCUCUGCCAACACCAGUGUUGGUCUUUGCUGAAGACAAGGUCGAUGAGUCAGGCCGCUGCAUCUCAGUUGUCCUACUUUGCAUUAUUAUCCUCAGCUCCACCACGUAUAUCCAACAAUUUCUUAGGCCUUUUUAUUCAGCCAGUAGCUCUUUUAUUUAAUUUUUAACUUGACAAGCUACAAUUCUUGUGUUUUUAUUCUGCUAUAGUUCUCUGUAUCUCCUAUUACAUAUGAUUGUUAAAUAAAUCAUACUUGUUGGGAAAAUAUUGCGAAACACUUGGUGUCUGAUAUAAUUCAAUUUGGUGGGACAUUGAAAAGUUGGAGAAAUCAGGAAUACCAGAUAGAUGUGACUUUUGAUAUGAGUUCUGUCAGAAAAUGAUUUUUGCUCUAUUAAAUAAAUAUUCAUUGAACAUUUA